AUGCCCUCUUGGACCACUGACUCGGUGUGUCUCUUCCAGAACUGCAGCUGGGAGGAAACCUCCAACAGCAGCGCAGACCGUCCUGCUCCUCCGCUCAAUUAUUACUCCAUCCCUCUGCUCGCAGUCAUCACUGUCGCGUGCGCGCUGCUCUUUCUGGUCGGAGUGACCGGAAACGUGAUGACCAUCCUGGUGGUCAGCAAGUACCGGGACAUGCGCACUACCACCAACCUGUACCUGUGCAGCAUGGCUGUGUCGGACCUGCUGAUCUUCCUCUGCAUGCCUCUGGACUUGUAUCGUAUGUGGAGGUACCGGCCCUGGCGCUUCGGGGACGCGCUCUGCAAGCUCUUUCAGUUCGUGUCCGAGUCGUGCACCUACUCCACCAUCCUGAACAUCACUGCGCUGUCAGUGGAGCGCUACCUGGCCAUCUGCUUCCCGCUGCGCGCCAAAGCUCUGGUCACCAAAAGACGUGUACGCGCACUCAUUUUCAUUCUUUGGACUGUGUCCCUCGCGAGCGCAGGCCCCGUGUUUGUCAUGGUGGGAGUGGAGAGGGACACAACGAACCUCGGGUCCUGGGUGAAUGAGACGGGCCUGUUUGUGGACAUUGUGGACACCCGAGAGUGCAGGAUGACGCACUAUGCCGUGGAGUCGGGCCUGAUGGGGGCCAUGGUGUGGCUGAGCUCCGUGUUCUUCUUCAUGCCGGUGUUCUGCCUGACUGUACUCUACAGCCUGAUAGGCCGUAAGUUGUGGCAGAGACACAGGGAGACAAACAUGAGCUCUCGAGUGUCUCACAGGGACAAGAGCAACAGACAGACCAUCAAGAUGCUGGUGGUGGUCGUGCUGGCCUUUGUCCUUUGCUGGUUACCAUUCCAUGUUGGUCGAUACCUGCAGUUCCGCUCCCUGGACGCACCGUCCCCGCUGCUCUCCGUCUUGUCCGAGUACUGCAGUCUGCUGUCCGUGGUCCUCUUCUACCUGAGCGCCGCCAUAAACCCCAUCCUCUACAAUACCAUGUCCUGGAAGUUCCGGCGGGCGGCCGCACGUGUCUUUGGCCUGGAGGACAAGCAGCCGAGCCGAUGCCGCACAGCCAGCAGUCUGAAGGGAGACAGCUCAUGCGUGUGGGCAGAAUCCACAGUGAGCUUAUGA